UGUCUGCUGAAUGCACCCAUUUAUUGUGUGUUUUCUUGUAGAAUAUUUUUAUAGUGAUUUCACUGUUUGGGGUAAAAUUAUUAUUGAAAUACACAAAAUCAAGUGUAAUCAAAUGGAAGUCAAACAAGAAAUUAGGGAGGAAACGUGUAAAGUAGAAGUAGUGUAUAAUGACCUGGAUGAUGCUCUUUUGGAUAGCUUUGAAUGUAAAAUUGAGGAGGAACCCAGUAGACAAAGUACACAGGACACAUAUAGUUAUUUAGAAGUACAAGAACAUCCUGUAAAUCCUAAAAUAGAACAACAUGGGAAUAAACUUAACUCAUAUGAAGGAAACCAAAAAACUGAAAAAGGUUAUAUCCAAGAUGAACACAAAAUGGAAAUUACGGAGACACUGAUUGAACAUUCAUCUUACGAAGGAAAUUAUGUGAGUCCACAUGCUGCAGGAAAAGCAUUAAGUCAAAAUAUGAAAAUUGCCACUGGAAAAAGGCCUCAUAAGUGCGAGAUUUGUUUGAAGCAAUUUAGCCACUUAAGUUUUUUGAAAACACAUUUGAGAGUGCACACUGGAGAAAAACCUCACAAAUGUGAAAUUUGUUUAAAGCGAUUUAUUCAAGCAGGUAAUUUGAAAAGACAUUCAAGAACGCAUACUGGAGAAAAACCCUACAAGUGUAAAAUUUGUUUUAUGCAGUUUUCGGAAACAAGUGUUCUGACGAGGCAUUUAAGGAUACACACUGGAGAAAAGCCUUACAAGUGCGAGAUUUGUUCUAAGCAAUUUAGUCAAGCGAAAUCUUUACAAACACAUUUGAGAGUGCACACUGGGGAGAAACCUUACACGUGUGAAACUUGUUUGAAACAGUUUUCCGAGAAAAAUCAUAUGAAAAGUCAUUUGAGAGUGCACACUGGGGAAAAGCCUUACACGUGUGAAAUUUGUUGUAAAAAAUUUAGCCACGCAUGUUCUUUGAAAGGACAUUUGAGAGUGCACAACGGAGACACACCUUACAAGUGUGAAAUUUGUUUUAAGCAGUUUAGCCACGCGAGUUCUUUGAAAGGACAUUUGAGAGUGCACAACGGAGACACACCUUACAAGUGUGAAAUUUGUUUUAAGCAGUUUAGAGAAAAAGGUAAUUUGAAUAGACAUUUUAGACUGCACACUGGAGCGAAACCUCACCUGUGUGAAAUUUGUUUGAUGCAGUUUUCCCAGAAAAGUCAAUUGGAAAGUCAUUCGAGAGUGCACAUCGGAGAAAAACCUUACAAGUGCGAUAUUUGCUUUCAAGACGUUUUCUCAGAAUGGCCAGUUGAAAGUACAUUCGAGGUUGCACACUGAAGAAAAGCCAUCCACAUCUCAAAUUU